CAUCCUCUGCGACCAACUGCUGCCAUUCGGGGCACGGCCGAGCGCCUGGGGGUGGCGGCGGCUCCUCGUGUCGUUCAGGGAGCUCAGGUUCUCCUCUUUUCCAUGUUGCCCUGAAAACAGGUUAUAUUGAGAGAGAAAGCAUGUGAUUUCCCCAAGAGACUUAAAGUUGAUCACUAAGAGAAAGUACUACCUUUGUUUGCUGUGAAUACUUCAGAGGCCUGCUAGCAAAUCCAUUAGUAUCCAAGGUUGUAGGCUGCCCUUGAACCAUGAAUUGUGGAACUCAGUUUGUUGAAACUCUGAAGAGGAUAGGUUAUUCAGAGGCAGCUUCUCUUAAUGGAGAAGACUUUGAUUGGUUGUUUGAGACAUUGGAAGAUAAAUCAUUUUUUGAGUGGUUUUGUACAAAUCUGAAUGAGCAUCAUGCCUUAUCUGAAGAAGAACUGCAGUCAUUUAACACGCUCCUUAACUCUGCAAAGCCUGUGCUAGAAGAAGAGGCUCUGGAUGAAGUUCUUAAGACCUGUAGGCCCCUUGAUCUGAACACCAGUAAUUUUGAAGAAGAAAAUCUUAAAGCGUUAGAAGAUGAACUUCAGGCACUCCAAAAGAUUAAAAAUCUAAAGAUCCGUCGCCGUAACACGCUUCAAGCAAUUACUUCAACCAAUAGCCUUCUGUCACUGAAGCUUAAAGAGACAGAAGAGGAAACCGCUAAAAGCCUGAAAGAUGGACAGAUAGUGUUCACUGCCAUGAAUACAAAGAUAAAUAAUGAGCUGAAGUCUCUUAUUGAACGAGUUCAGAAGCUGAUUUCUUUCUUCGCUGUUCAAUCCAGGCAGAAAGGGCUGGACCCUCAGCCUGUGCUGUUAGCCCAGCUUCCCUUGGAUGAAUACUUGUGCCAGGAAGAACAAAGCACUGCAGCACUUACUCUAUAUACAAAAAAACAAUUUUUCCAAGGAAUAUCUGAGUUGGUUGAAAGUUCAAAUGAAGAGAAGUUUCAGCUUGUUGAUAUAAGAAGUUCGUUCACAGACACUGAGAGCAAUGACAUUUGUGAGGAGCAGCUUGAGCUUACCAGGCUGCAGAUGGCUUAUGUUUGUGCUCAGCAUCAACUAAUUCAGCAGAAAGCUAGGGAUCUAAGCAUGAGAUCAGCUCUUCAGUGGGCAGAGGAUCAUAUUUGCUCUUUAAAUAAGGUGACUCCCAGAAAAGAAAAUUUUGAGGCUAGAAUUUCUAGCUUGAACAGUGAAAUCUCAAAAACAAAAAAGCAGUUGGCGCAGAUAAACAGUGAAACUCUACCUUCACUAGUAAAGGAAGAUGCAGAGUUAUUGAAUAUGCCUGUGGUGAAAGGCGAUUUUGAUCUACAGAUUGCUCGGCAGGACUACUACACAUCAAGACAAGACCAGAUUUGUAAUCAGUUGCUCAAACAGAAGGCAUCAUUUGAAGUUCUUCAGUUGGCUUAUGAAAUUGAGUUGAGAAAACUUAGGGAUAACAGCCAUCUGCUGGACAAAAUGAUUCAAGAUUUGAAGCAAAGCAGUAACAUUUUGGAGCAGACGCUAGAAACAAUGUCUGAGCCAUCUAUAUCCCAGUACAGAAUACCAAGAAGCACUAUUGAUUCAAGAGAUAAUGCUACACAUAGGUUGUAUCAGCUUCUGGAAGGAAAGAAUGCAAAACAGUUGUUCAGAACCAAUGAAGGCCUUCAGAAGAUGGCUGAAAAAUUGCAUCUAGACACAAAGUCAAUUCUUGAUCAAUCAACAGUGCUGAAUCAAGAGCAAACUCUUCUUCUGUCAAAGAUGGAUGCUGAUUUAGUUACCCUUCAUGAGUGUAUGUACUUCAGAGGAGAUGGGGUCUGUCUUAGUAACCAGGAAUUGACCGAGCAGUUUCAUCACCUGGAAUUUCAGCUAAAUAAACUAAAUCAGCUUAUAAUGGAUUUUCUUGCCGAUAUAAAGGCUAAGAAGAAGGUUUUGGAGAAUAAUAAGUUACAGCAGAUUGAAAGAAAAUUAUAUGUUUACUUUUUUAAAGAUAAAGAACGUUUGAAGAAUGUUGUGGAGAAGAUGGAACAACAGGCGACGGCUCAAGCCAUUUGUUUUGAAGAUUAAAUUUUUGAUUUCUUAAAACUGAAUUUUAAUUGAC